GGGUCAAGCAUGCUCUUCAGAGACCCGUCGCCCUCGAUCUUUCUCUGAAGUGAUCCUCAAGCGAUCCCAGCAGUUUCGUCCUUCUCUUUUCCAGUCAUGAAAGAGCACGUGAGAGCUUUCGUUCGUUGAGUUGGAGCCAAGAUUCUUCUGACGUGCAGUUUGUUCACCCUGUUGUACUGUCUCUGAAACUGCUCAGAUUACGUACUUGGUUUCCGUCAUGGCUCGAUCGCUUAUGAUGCAAUCGCUCAGAUUUAAACCUCGUUUACGGUCAAAAUUUCCGAAUCGGCCAACAAUCGCAACUCAAUCGGCCAAACAAUCGCAACGAGAAGGACUCAAUCUUACGCGGGUUUCCUCAUCCACAGAGACGAGGAAAGAAGGCCGAUCGAAUUGCUCGAACAGACAACUGUUUUGUUUGCUCCUCGCGGGAAAGAGUUAUGUUUCGGCUGGUCUGUGAUACAGUCGUGGCCUCUGGUAUGCGUAUUGAAAACGGAUGAUGGAUUUCCCUCAUUAGGAUCUUUCGGACUCUCCAUCUUCUCGGGCCUUAGGGUGGAGUGCGUAAAAUGAAUGCUACACCGUACAAUGUCAGGGUCUUAUAAUUUCACCCUUGAACCGAGGUAAAUCCUCUGGAGUGUCGUUGUAGAACCUGUCGUCAGGAUUUCGUUUUAUUUUUCCUUCCGUGCCGAGGUAAUUCAUGAGAAUGAAUGAGUACCGGUAGAGUUUCGUCCUUUAGUUUCGUGGACAGUCCGGGAGAUCCUGGAAUCAGCUCAAUUAUGAUAAAGUGGGCCCAAUUUUGAGUCCUUCCACGCUGGAACGGGGAACGCAUGAUUCACAGGCUCCUAACACAAGACGCAUCAUCUCAUUUGGACUCUGAGUGAUUCGGUCGGUGAUGACAACUAUCGGCCACCUAAAGCGAGCAGGAGUGAAAGAUACAUUCGAUUGGCAGAUGCUGCACGCGUGACCCAAAGCGGAAUUACACAUGAAAACUCUCCAUCGAUCACGCCGACGUAAAACCUGUGUAUGUGGAUCUCUCGCCUCAUCACUCAACUGAAGUUCACUGAACUUCGGUUCAGCGAUGAAAGUAGAAGAGCCACAGACAGAGGAAGAUUCAAGAUCGUCGCCAUGGAAUGCCGGUCUGAGGUCGAGGAGGCUGGCCGUCAUGUCACAAAGGCAAAUCGUAUUCUUCAACCUCGAAAGAGGUAGGAAUGGAGAUCCGUCUGGAAGAUGAGCAGAUCUCCUUGCGGUCCUGACAACGCUUCAGACAAGAUACAAACGUAUGACUCGACCGCUACCAGAGCACGAAAUGGCAACGUCGAGCAAACAUGUGCCCGUCUCAAGGCAAUGUGCGAAGAUAUUCAAUCCUCCCCGCAAGAAGUAGCACAUUUAUAUUGCUGAACGUGGCAGCAUGAACUCGUAGCUCCUAUGUAGAUCUCCGUUCUCUGUCGCUACCAACAGACUCAAGCAGACUGAGUUUCGUACUGAAUCUCAUUCCCUUCCUUGUUUAUGCCACUUCGCGUACGUAAUCUUCUAUCCUUCUUUUACGAGGUCUGAGAUUCUGAACAUAUGCAGCGAACGGUGGUUGUGGGUGACGAACUGUGCAGCUCCAGAGAGCAUGGACCGACAGACUAGGUUUUCGGCGCAAUCGGAACAGGAAACGUCCACAGAGUGUUUGAAGGCCGGGCUUUUGUUGUCUCUCUCGCCCUCCUCAGUUCAUGGAAAUAAAGGCAGAGCAACUCCGUCAGAAGCACUGUGCAUUGAGCGUGGGAACGGGGUGAACAGAAGGAAUUCCCAGAAGAGAGAGGGAGGGCAUCUGGCAAGACGCGGACUGAAGAGAAGACGAGGGGAGUUUAAGGAAAUCACGUGUGCACGAACGAAGGUGCUCAACAGGGAGAGGGAGAAUUGCCAUUUGGGGAACAACUGAUGGCAGCAUACAAGAAGGUGGGGCCAAUGGAGAGAAUCGUUCUCCUCGGAUUGUGGGGCCAGAACCACAGUAGAGUGAGGUUGACUUACAAACGGACAGGGGCCAAGAAGAAUUCGCUUGCGAAAUUGUGCGUCAUGAUCACAGGUCAGCCGAGGCCCCAGCCUGGAAUAAGGCUUCAAACGUUGUUUGUUUUGCGGGGCCUUGAGCCUGGAUGAUGAGGAUUCCCAGACAGGUGGUUGGGUUUAGAUAUACAGGUGGUCGAACAGUUUUUUCAGAGGAAGUUGACACUGUGUGAUAUUAGAAAAUGCUGGAAUUGAGGAGGCAGGAAGUACACAGGUGACUGAUGAGGAAGCUGCAGUUGCCCCAGAACUCUUCAACUAAAUGAAAGGAUUCAGAGGGGGAGGUGGAUUGCAAUGGUUGCCUGAAGCUGCAGAGCGUGGUUGUCCAUCGACCCGGGGCAUUCCAAAGGACUACUUACUUGCUUGAGGAGGAGGUCAGUGGGAUCUGCGGAUCGAUAAUUUGGCUCUCCAGAUCCAAAUUAUCAUCCCUGCCCUCUCGUCUUCUUUGCUAUCCUGCAAUAUAGUCUCGUUUCUUUGUCAUCCUCGUUCUAGCUGUAAGGUUUAGUGUGGGCUCAUGCAUCGACGCUUAGUACAUUAAUACGAGAGGUGGAACACAAGCUGAAGGAUCACAGGGCUUCACGAAACGCCGAGCAUUUUUUUCAUCUCAAGUGAUAUUGUGCUUGAGAAGGGGCUGAAGAAUGGCGAUGCGACCCCAAAUCAUCUUGCUAGGAGAUUCCAUCACUGAGCAAUCCUUCGGUCCGUUUGGUUGGGGAGCAGCUUUGGCAGAUCAAUAUAAGGGAAAGUACGAUGUGGUGGCACGCGGAUUCACUGGCUACAAUACACGGUGGACCUUAUUCCUUCUGGGCAAGAUCUUCCCCAUUAGAACGCCAAACCCUCCAUCAGUGGUAACAGUCUUCUUGGGAGCAAAUGAUGCUGCAAUUCCCGGUGGUGCAAACGGCUGGUUGCAUGUACCCCUUCCAGAGUACAGAGACAACCUCCAUCAAAUAAUAGCUCACCUGAAGGCUCAAUCAGAUUCUACUCUUAUCAUCCUCAUCACUCCUCCUCCAGUUUCUGAAAAGGGUCUCCUCGCUUGUUCACCUCACUUACUUGAUGACACAUCAGGCCAGCCAACCCAUGUGAAUCAAUUCACGGGAAUGUACGCUCAAGAAUGUGUGAGUGUGGCAAGAGAGGCAGAUGUCCAGUGCCUCAACCUGUGGUCGAUUUUCCAAGAAACACCCCGAUGGGAGGCACUUCUUAGUGAUGGCAUCCAUCUCAGUGUCGAGGGGAAUCAGGUGGUCUUCGAGGAGCUCGUGAAGCUGCUGGAUGAAUCAGACUUUGUACCAAGUACACUCAAAAUAGAUACUCUCAAGUUAGACGAAGUGCCAUAUGACUCUCCUGAGGAGAUGGAAGAUGGCUAUGAAAGUCCAGAUUCCAGUUUCCAAACUUGGUCUGCUCCCAAAGUCAAAGAACUUCUGGUGGGCCACGUUCUCGUCGCAAGAAGAUGGGUUCCUUCUAGUCCAGGAACAUACUCAUAAUCUUGCAAGUGUGCAUAAGCCGAACUUGUGACAAACAAAAAAUUUUGCCGUGUAAAUGUGAGUCAAGUUUUAGUAGGUUCCAGGUCACCAUUCGUCAAACGGCUCAAGGCGCUUAGAGCCUUGGCCUUUGACGACAAGGGACAGAACCUCACCUAACGGGCACAGAAGAAUGUAUCAAGAUGAAAAUGAUGCUUGGAGUGGUUUGUUAAAUUAGUUGAUCAAGCUACAAGUUCACCGCCUCUAUAUCUAUCGCCCCGUUGUCCAUACCCACUGCCAUCUCAAGGUGAACUUCUUUACCCAUGUCGCCAGGCAUCGAAACAAUCUGGGCAUGAACGAGCUGCCCAAAGCUUAUGCUCAUCUCCUAGUGUGUUUACGCUUAUCACUCAGAAGAGCAUAAGAGUAGAUUAGUGAAGGGCCCCUUGUCACCCCGGAUCACUAUACAUCGAAAAAAUUGACUUAGGAAUUGACUUGUAAACUAGCAGAAAGAUAUUUUACCUUUAGCCGUAUGAUGUCUUAGGAAGACAUAACAUUCCCAUGAAUGGGUUCACUGCCCUGACCAUACAACGAUCAAUAGAAUUGCUUUGCACAUUUUCUGGCCAGCAAGCAAAAGUCAGCGGCCAUGAACCUUGAUUCUGAUGUUAUUGAUGAGGUAGAGCCAUAUAAUAUUCACAGCGAGGGCUCUCCUGGAAUACCAUUGCAACCAGCCUUGUGAGUUGGUCUGUCUAUACUAUGCCUUUCUGAAUGAGCUUGUCUCUGGAAUUGAUUGAUUGUUUCGAGCACUGAAAGCAUGAGCCUGGAAUAUCCAGUUUGAGAUCGGUUGCCCGUCGUUUCUGAGCUCAAGCAGUACUGCUCAGAACCAUGAAUAAGGCUUUGGACAGAAUAAAAAGCGUGUCAAGCGCGUUCUCUGCAACGUUGCCAACACACUGCACGAUGGACCACAGAUUUUCCAUUGUAC